CUCCCUGAGCCGCCAGUUCAGCGCUUCUCCUUUAAUGAGCUUUGGAAGCAGGCUCCCUUAUACACAAAACAUUGCGUAAAAAUAAUAUUGCUCAUUGUCGUCACCUUUAAUCAGAGUUGACAUAAUUACUUGGACCAUUUCUCUUCUAAUUAGCACACUUCAGCAUUGUCGGAGCGAGCGCUCAGGCAAAAAGAGAAUCAGACAGGCAUGCCGAAUGGGAAACAAAAAAGAAGUUGCUCGGCCGUAAUUAGGUAAGACAACGCCUCCGACUGUUCCCGGCUGGAGAUGUCGCUCGCUCUCUGGCCGCUCGCUGCCAACCAGUUACACUUCUUCCCGGGCCUCUAAUAAGCCCCCAAUGGUCUUUCCGAUUCACACGGACAGAGGCCGGCCGGCUCUGCUUGGGUGACUUCACCUCUCGCACCCGCCCGGGUCACCCCUUCUGAACAAUCAUUUGUGCGAUUUACCAGGUCACAGAGACAAAAUGUGGCAGAACAUUUUCCAGGACUGGUGUCACUUAAGAUCGAUUCUAAGUUUGGGCUGGACGAUGAACCAGUAAAUGAUCCCACGGUAAAUUUACUCUCCCACGCCAUACAAAUUGUUCUGACAUGUUAGCCACACUGACACUCUCCAUAUUGCCUGUCACCACGUUUGACCGGGUCGCUGUCCGCAGACCUGCUCAUCCACAUGGAGGCAGACAGCCUGGCGGGGUUAGUCCAAACCUUAACCCCACGUUACCCUCUGAGCCCCCAACAAAUGUCAGUCCGAUGUGCCCCCCCCCCACUUCUCAGUCUUUAAAUUAGCCGUCAAUUAGUGCAAAUUAAUCAAGUCCUCGCCUAAUUAAGCAAUAUCUGCGGGCAGCUACCAAACAUGCCAUUAAUUACAGUAGGGCCAUGAGAAAACUGCUGACCUUGCAAACCUUUUUUUUUGUGUGUGUGUAAGGUCAUCAUCAUCAUCAUUUGUGGUGCUCUCGUUCCUCUUCAGACUUUUUUGUUUCCUUUUUUGCAUGCUAUAUAUAAAAAAAAAAAAGUCACAACAGCUGUUUACUUGUUAAUCUGCAUGCUCUUUGAUGGGCAUCACCAGAUACUGUAAAGCUUCAAGCUUAAUCUGGAGCCUUAUUAGGCCGCAUCUCCGAAACAUACAAAUCAGCGUGCCGCCAUGCUCACGCAGGAGAUUAGUACAAGCCAUAAACUGUUCCCCUCCCUCAACAAAAACAAAAGACUUUUUAAAAAAAUUAUAUAUUGUUUGUAAUCGAUAGGCCAGAGAGUGACCACCACGUAAACCCCCCACCCCUCCCAUUUCCCUUCCAUCUUAAUAAAUGACCAGAUCCCAACAGGCUGAUGUGUCAUUAGCAUACCUUAAUAACAUUGAUUUCUUCAUUAAUGGAAUUUCCACUAAAUAGGCUCUAAUUAGUUUCAACAGGCCCAGCACUAAUUGGACCAGCAAUAUGUUCCUGCCUCCAAAUCAGCGGCUCAUUUCCAAAUGUUUGAUGUGAAUUACGACUUUGUUAGUGGAUCAGUGGAUGUGCACGCAGCGAUGACUCUCUAAGUCAAUAUUGCACUUUAUCAGCUGUGUGCUCAAGAUGAUAUGGUAAUGUAUGCAAAGGAUGCCAACAGACUGGAGCACCUGAGGUCAGUAUUAUAGUCAAGAAAUACUGUGCCAUGCAUUUAAAUGCGCUUUUAAUUCUCAACACUCAACAGUAUAGGCUGCUCUGCUCAACAAAGCAUUGACGUGUGCCUGUCACUGCCAAUGUUGCUGGGGGAUUAGGACGCGAUGCUGGGUCCACGGAUGCAACAAACAAUCACCCAGAACGCGCUGGCUCCACGUCGUUGGUCCACCUGUCGUGUUUUUGAGGGCCUUUGAUGAAGCCCCAACGCACAGAGCCACGCACACAACAUCUGGAGAUCAAUUAUGCGUCGGUGAUCUGCAGAAAAAAAACAUGUUAUGGCCACGCGUUUUGGAAUCCUGAAUCCUCGCUGCUGAUUGGCUGCUGGGCCCUGCCUCUCGUCGGGAUGGACCUGUUGGAUAAAGGGACCAUUUUGUAAAGAAGCCCCCGCAUGCACUUGUGCACAGAGGACCAUGCACUGGGGAGCAGCCUGUUAUAUCCACUAAAAAAAAAAAAAGGACAAAAAAAAACUCCCUGUUGAAGCCAAGCCACCAUGACGGGCAAACAAGGCGCGGUGUUAUCGGCAACUUUGAACCCCGUGGAGACGAGAAGAACUCCUCUGGGUUCAAAUGGAGGCAGCAGCGUUAACAACCAGCAGCAGCCGGCCAAGACCACCGUGAUCCACCCGCCAAGCAGGUGCACCGGAUUCGGAAUCCAGGAGAUCCUGGGGCUCAACAAGGAGCCGUCCGCGGCCCCGAGGAACCCGCUCAGCUCAUUGCCGGCAGGGGCGCAUCUCAUCGCGGCUAGGUCCAUGCUGGGCCAUGCCGGCGUGGGUGUCGGGGUGGGAUUAAUCGGCCCUGGUGGGAUUCCGGCGUUUUAUCGUCAGCCAGCGUUUUUGGAGAGCGUGCUGGAGCCGCAGGAUGUUCACCUGCGGCCGCACAACAACACCUCUGCAGGGCGGAUGGACGCCGGGCAGUCUGCAAGCUCUGACUCUGAGGAUUUGUCUUCCAGUGAAAGAAAACUGCCCAAAUCUUCAAUAGCUCAGAGCAAGAAACGCAAGAAAAGACGUCACAGGACCAUAUUCACCUCGUACCAGCUGGAGGAGCUGGAGAAGGCCUUUAAUGAGGCUCAUUACCCGGAUGUGUACGCACGAGAGAUGUUGGCCAUGAAAACCGAAUUACCUGAAGACAGAAUACAGGUGUGGUUUCAGAACCGCAGAGCCAAGUGGAGGAAGAGAGAGAAGUGCUGGGGUCGCAGCACCGUCAUGGCCGAGUACGGCCUCUACGGGGCCAUGGUCCGGCAUUCUAUCCCUCUGCCGGAGUCCAUCCUCAAGUCAGCGAAGGAUGGCAUCAUGGAGUCCUGUGCGCCUUGGUUGCUAGUUCAAGAUGGCUUACCAAUCAGCAGGCGCUAUUCUAAAUCUGAAUGCCCGCAACUCUUUGCAGGGAUGCACAAAAAGUCCAUGGAGACCCCGGCGCCCCCUCAGCCGGCGGUCGCCAAUUGUGACGAGCCGCCGCUGCAGCCUCAGCCGCCGCCGCGACCCGGCUCUCAGAGGGCCGAAGACUCUGAGGCAGAGGAGAGGAGGUCGAAGGGCGAGUCAGUCAUUUCUAAAGAAGAACUGAGAGAGAACAGCAUCGCUGCCCUUAGGGCCAAAGCGCAGGAGCACAGUGCCAAAGUGCUCGGGACGGUUUGUCACGACCGACCGGAUGAGGACCAGCGGGAGAAGUCCGGCGCUCCUUCGAGUCCUGCCGAGGAGGCGAGCAGCCCUUAAAAGACUGAAUGCAGGGCGCUGACCUCUCAUUGGCUCUUCUCAAGCAGCCUGCAUCUGGACUCUCAUGAGGAUGAUUCACUGCGAUACAGAAGAUGCAGACGCACUUUUUUGGGGGUUUACAUUUCCAAUGCAAACCAUCCCGCCAACGAUCCGCUCAUAAGGAGAAAAACUUAAUUGUUGUUCUGUGUUCUGCUGUAUAUCAGGGGUUCUCAAAUCUUUGGGGUCCAGGGAACCCUGACAUUGUAAAAAAAAAAAUCUAACUAAAGUCAAAGGAUCCUUUCAUAAUAUUGACACCAAGAAGCCCAAUUUUUUUGCAGACCCCAUAGUUACAGCUUUACAGAUGUGUGGUCAGGGGAGCAUCAUAAGUAAAAAAAAAUAUACUGAUAACAUAAAAUGAAUAUUAAUAUUUGUCCACUGAUCUUUAUGUUUGACUAAUUUUGAACAUUUUUAUAGUCUAAAUCGCUGAAAUUGCAUAUUUCCUGUUCAAAUACAAAGGUUUGUUUUGCUGAUAGGACAUAAAGCCGCAGUAGGCACAGGUUGCGGGUUACAGGUACUCUACCACACUGAAGGGGGGCGUACGUGAGCCAACAGGUGCUGCCCCUUUUUUUUUUUGCCGUCGAGGUAGACGGCUGUCACAAAUAAUGCACAGAUCUCUGUCUUUUUUUUUGCGUUAUGUAGCUAAAAGUGGACUGGGAAGUGAUGGAAGCGUUUUUGGGAUGUGAUGACGUGAGUGAUGAUAGAAGCGCCCCUUGGAGAAAUACAGCUGUUGUGGAAAAACUAGUAUGACGGAGCAGCUGCAAUGGCAUCCAAGUUUAAUUCAUGGGGUCAAAAUCUACAAACAAAGGUAAGACCACAAACUGCUGAUGAAAUCUGAAAUGACCGGUAGCAAAUUGUAUAAUUUAUUCAAUUAAGCUACCCUUUUGGGUUUAUAUAUAUUUAUAAAUUUGACUCUGAACUUCACUGCAGCUUCCCGGACCUUCAAUUUGAGAACCACUGCUGAUGUAUUCCAUGAUACAAUUUGAAUAUUUUCACGUCCCCCC